AAAAAACAAGCCCAACAAACGGAAACUCGGCUAAAAGAAAGGAAACCAACCGGAGUCAAGGCAGAUCAAAUCGAGAGGAAGCGGCUCGACUGCCCCGGAGUGGACUGGCCGGCCGGGAUGGAGUGGACGACCUUGGACGCGGGGGGCGGCGCCAAGCUGAGCGUGCGGCUGUUCAAGCCGGCGGCGCCCGUGGAGGAAGCGGAGGACGUGGCGGUGGUGCUGGUGCACCCAUACACGAUCCUCGGCGGCGUGCAGGGCCUGCUGCGCGGCAUGGCCCAGGGCCUCGCCCAACGGGGCUACCGAGCCGUCACCUUCGACAUGCGCGGCGCCGGGCGGUCCACCGGCCGCGCCUCGCUCACCGGCUCCAGCGAGGUCGGGGACGUCGUCGCCGUCUGCCGCUGGGUCGCCGACAACCUCAAGCCGCGCGCCAUCCUCCUCGUCGGCUCCUCCGCCGGCUGGUGGCGAGUGGGCCUUCUGACGAGGAAUGGUGGCUAGAAACUUGAGAUGAACGUAACGCUGUCGAUACAUCUUGACUGGACAGCAACAUUCAACAGAUUUGAUUUUCAGCUCCAAAACCUGUAUGAUGAGCAAACUGGAGAUGGGAAUAAAAUGCAACGAACUACCCUCCUUGCCUGCUGUUCGUUGGCCAAAAUACCAGCUAUCAGCUAAGUGCUGAGGAACCAUGGGCGGGGGAAACAACUGUCGGCCCCCAACUUUUCAAGAACAAGAUCCACUUGAAAAUUCGCUCGGCAUGGAUUGUAUUCUGAAAGGGAACGUGUUGGAUUUGAGUUGAAUCAAGAGGGCCCUACCCUGAAUGUCUGAUCCUCCUGUGGUUGGUGCCUAGACCAUUUUCCAGCCUUUCUGUGUCUGCAAAAUGGUGUGGAUCUGCAGCGGCAUCAAGGGUCGUGGUCCUAAUUUCCCCUCGCUUUAUUUGCAAAAUCUGCAUCUCAGCUCAGCGUAAACUGUACUCAGCUGACCGCUGAUGCGACGCAUGAAACAGCACAUGCAGAUCCAGAGAUGGGUGAUGAAACGCGCAGCCUUUCUCUUCGUCUCAUGCAUCUGGACCAUGGUGGAUUGCAUAUUUGAUGACAAAAGAUAUCCAACUGCACAGCAGCACAGGGCAAUAUACUGAUUUGUCCAAGCAUGUAUGGGAAAUUAAGAUUUUGCCGACAGUGGGAAGAAAUAUCUUGGUAAAACUUGUAAAUCACGUUUUUUAUUGUACAAAAUUAAUUAAUGUAUGUUCAUAAAUCUGGGUCAUUUUUAA